UUUUUUUCCAAAAAAAAACUUUUGGCUUAUAAGCAUACCUUGUUUAAAUAACUUGUUCAUGGACUUUACUUUCGCUUUUAGAAAGAAAAUGUGCUUCCGGUGCAUGUUGGAUUGUUGGCGCAUUUAGUUCUGUUCACCACAAAGGCUGCGCAUUGUGUAGCUCAACAGUCAUGAAGAAUGGUUCACGAAAUAGAAGACUUCUACGGAGUGUAUCUCCUUUACAAUCUCAACCCAAAGUAUAAAGGUCGCACAUAUAUUGGUUACACUGUCGACCCAAACCGGCGAAUAAAGCAGCACAAUACAGGGGCCCAGGCUGGGGGAGCAUGGCGGACAGACGGCAAAGGGCCAUGGGAAAUGGUACUCAUUAUCCAUGGUUUCCCAAAUGACAUCUCAGCUUUGCGGUUUGAGUGGGCUUGGCAGCAUCCUGAUAAGUCACGUCGUUUGAGACACUUGUCUAAGAAGUCAAAGAAGGAGAGUCAGUUUGAAUUCCGCUUUCGUAUCGUAUCACAAAUGCUGAGAACUGGACCUUGGAACAGACUUCCUCUGAAUAUACGAUGGCUGAAACAGGAAUUCAAGCUGGAUUUCCCACCUGAAGCUAGCCCACCAAUACACAUGCCAAUAGUUUAUGGUCCUGUGAAGAGCAAACGGAUUGGAAAGAAAGGCAAGGGAAGAGAAGAAAAAGCUCCCAAUGAAUCAGAAAGUGAUGAAAUGGAUCUGUGCCGUAUUACUUUGAAGCAUUCCCUGUGUGAAAUUUGCUACAGCAGAUUCAAGCCCGAAGACAGCAAAGUGUCCUGCUUCCAUCCCAACUGUUCCAUGGUGAGCCACAUGCUGUGUCUGUCGCGGAGAUUCAUCACUGAGAAAGACGAGGUCAUACCAAUAGACGGACCAUGUCCAAAGUGCAAGCAGAUUCUUCUCUGGGGUGACGUCAUCAGACAUAAGAAUGGUUGCUACCAGAACCUUAAUGAAUCCACGGGACAGAGUGAUGUCACACCAGGCACAGACAGUGACAACUGGGAUUAACUUUACCAGUGUUCACAAUGGGAGUUGAUUAUUGACUACCUGGCAGGGAUGUGUAUUGAUCAACUCCCAAGUAUUGUCAACUUUCUACAAACAGCUGUUGCACAUGUAGUUAUACUGACGUCCUUGAGUUGCAGCUUAAUGAUUUCUGGCUCACAUCUUGAACUGUUUACUUAGCCAUCCUUUUGCAGAAUAUAUUUAUGUGUUAUAUGUU